AUGAGAAAGAAGAGAUUUGUGACAAUAGACCAGUGGACGCUGGGAGCAAGAAUCGACUGUCCCCAGACACAGGAGCAGAGACUUGCUAAGACGCGCUUCCAGCGUCUCCCGACAGAGCGCACACGGGAGCCAGUGCCAGCGGCGGGCGACGACUCGGAGACACGCGACCCCCUCGCCGGAGAGGAAGAGUAUAACUGCAAAGGCUCGGCGCUGGGGGCCGUUUCAUUCCUUCGUUUUCCAAUAUUCCCUUCCCACGCCUCUGUGACAUUUACCUGCCUCUUUUGUGUUAAUAUUUUAUUUUUUUACAUUUUAACUGGUUACGUUUUUUCUAAUAUUUUGUUUUUAUUUUUGUGUUCAAAAUAUCCCCCAAAAAUUCGACAAAAAGGAACAAAAAUAAAUUAUUUUUUACUCGACAUACAGUGGCCUUCUCAGGGCUAG